AUGACUAUUUUAACAAAACCAUCGAAUGAAAAAACGGCUGAAAAGGUUCCUCUACCAUUGACGUUGGGUGGACACGAUAAUGCACCAUCAUUCCGAGGAGGCGUGACACCUGAAACUCUUUUGAGCCAAUCGCCCUACCAUCGAUACGUUGAUGGCGAACCUAUGAUUUGCAAUCGCCCGCCUGGAUCGUGCAGGAAGUCAGUGUUGUUAUUCCUCAUCACUGUUGUGGUCAUUGUGAUCGGCCUUAUUGGCGGAUACACCCUGUAUCGCACAUAUUCAUCUACUGGUUCGAAUAUACACUACCGUGCACUUUGCCACAUUCCAUACGUGGCGACUGGCAAUAAAAGUGUGCAACGUCUCUACGAACAAAACAAUGAGCUGGACCGGUAUAAUCUGUUCUCACGCCUUACAAACUUCAAUGGUUAUAAGGCUUUGGAUGAUGAUUACUUCCGUGAAGAAAUCGAGUUGGAUAUGAGCGAUAAUGAAAGCUACGCUAAGAUUGAUGUGCCCGAUUUUAAGGGAGGACGGCGGGGAUGUUUUAUGCACGAUUUCAAGGAGAAUCAGUCGGCGAUCAUUGAUACUGCAGCAAACCGUUGUUUCGUUAUGCCACUGGAUCGUGACACAACACUACCACCAGAGAGUUUCCUUGAUUUGGUACAAAAGAUGGGUGCGGGCUAUUACAACAUCGACACCAAUCGCGUUCGUCGCAACAUGCAUGUUGUCACGCCGCCUAUUACUGAUCUCUCAAUGAUCUCUGAGCGAAUCGCUAACGAAUGUGACCACAUGAAAGUCUAUAUGCUUGAGAAUUACGUUCCCAGAGUAUUCAAGCGCGAUGUUAAAACCCUGGCGGAUUCCGGCAAGUUCACGGCAUUCAUGGGGAAAGGUGUCGUAGAAUUCAAUUUGAUAAAUAUAUGUGAUAUAGAACAGUUUGAAAAGAAGCAACAGUAA